GUUUGUGGAAAGCGUGACUUCGACGCGGAAAGAACGACCGUUGGAAGACUUUAGAAAAUGGCAAACCCAAAGGACAACGAUGAACGACUGAAAAAGCUUUUUGUCGGUGGCUUAAAGAGAGAUACCGAAGAUGACACUUUAAAGUCAUACUUUGAACAGUAUGGUGCUAUGACAGAUUGUGUUGUGAUCCGAAGCCAGACCAAAGAGUCAAGAGGAUUUGGUUAUGUUACCUUUGAAGACGAAGAGAGUGUCCUUAAAGUGUUAGGAGACAAGAAAGAAAAAGGCCCACACUUUAUCGACGGAAAAGAAGUUGAAGUGAAACGAGCCAUUCCUAGAGAUGAUCAAAGCUCGACAGCUCAUCUAAAAACAAAGAAAAUUUUCAUCGGUGGCUUACCAGACGAGGCCGACGCCGAGAGUAUAAAGCAGUCUUUGGCUGAUCGAGUUCGCGGCAUUGCACCUACCAACGUGGAAUUAAUCAUGAAAAAAGAGGACGAGACCAAACAUCGUGGUUUCUGUUUUGUUGAAUUUGAGGACGAAGACAUUGUCGAUGAACUAUGCUGCAUCAAACAGGUCGGUAUCAAUGGAAAAAACGUGGAAAUCAAGAAAGCUGAGCCCAAGGACAAAUCAGGUUCUCAGGGACAGAGAGGACGCGGUGGUCGCGGAGGUGGUCGUGGAGGUUAUGGUAGCCGUGGUCGCGGCGGAGGCAUGGGAGGCAGCUAUCAAGCAGCCGGUGGGUAUGGUGGAUACUCAGGAGGUGGCUAUGACGGCUAUGGAGACGGCAGCGGUUAUAGUGAUCCUAGUUAUGGUAGCUAUGCCGGUUAUGGAGGUGAUUAUUACGGUAACAUGGGUGGCUAUCAACAAGCACCUUCUAAUUAUGGCCCUCAGGCUGGUUACAGAAAUCCUAGAUACAAGCCAUACUAAAAGUAAAGCAGGUUUGUCUUAAGUCAACAUAGCCAGGCAUAAAUUACACUAAGGCACCCAGGACCUAGGCUACCCAAGAAUCAGAGUGUUGCAGUUACAGUUGAUCAAGCAUAUAGAUGCAGUUUAAGCUACUUCAGAAUUGCAGGCAUCUUUCAUUUGUAAUCCACACAGUAGACUAUGUUGCAUGAUUUUAACAAGAAAUACUUUUAUUACUAUUCUUUCUUGAUGAUAUCAACAUCACACUAUUUUUAAGAGGUAGACCUUUCUAUAUCCUAGGUCUUUUUAAAGCACAAGUGUAAGUUUAAGCUUCAAAUUACUUGAACAUCCUUCAAUCUAAUAUUUGUCUGUAUGAUGGAUAAGAUGAAACUUAUCAGCACUCUUGCUUUGAAAAUGGGCAAGAACAAUUAUUUUAAUUGUUUUCCUUUGUUGGGAAGUGUAAUCUAGGAUUUAGAGUUGUUUUCUGACUUGUAUUAUGAUGUGUACACAAGCAUGGCCAUUAUUAAAGCUUUGUUGGUUAAGAAUAAAGGAUUUGUUCAUAUUUUUA